AUCAAACUGAAGGAAGCAGACUGCGGACCCUGGCAGCCAUGCCGUUCACGGACGCUCUAAGCUGGAUCCCCACUUGGGCCUGGUGUCUGGUUAUUAUCGCUAUUCUACUCUACCUGUAUGGAGUAUGGCCGUACCUUACAACGCCUAUCAGUCUCCCUGGACCCAAACCUACACCUUUCGUCGGGAACCUGUUAGAGAUGAACGCUAAAGGCAUCCUCGAUACAGAUGCGGCACAUGUCAAAACGUAUGGCAGAUGCCACGUCACCUGGAUUGGACGGCGUCCAUUAAUCAACAUCGCCGAUCCUGACAUAGUCAAACAGAUCUGUAUCAAAGAGUUCCCUAAGUUUGUCAAUAGACCGGUUCUCGUGCCCUUGUCACCUGUCCAGAACGCUAUGGUCUCCGUUCUUAAAGACGACCACUGGAAGUUUGUCCGCAGUAUUUUGUCUCCAGCUUUCAGUUCGGGCAAGAUGCGCAAGAUGGUGCCUCUCAUCCAAAUCUGUCUGGAUCGGCUGACUGAAAACUUGACAGAGCUCAGCAAGAGCGGCAAAAGUUUCGAAGUUAAAUCCGUAAUGGGAGGCCUAUCCAUGGAGGUGAUAGGAGCUGUGGGAUUUGGGAUUGAGACGGACGUUCAGAAAGAUCUCAACGACCGUUUUCUCACCAUGGCCAAACGGGUCUUUGAAGAAAACGCUUUAACAAAGAUACCAGUAAUGAUGUCAUUGUUUUUCCCCUUCUUGAAGCCGAUAUUUCAGGCACUGGAUAUGACAGCUGAUUCCAAAGACGUCACAGACUUUUUUGCCACUUUGCUGAACAAAACAAUUAGUGAAAGGCGGCAGCAGCCAUCGGCCAGGAAGGACCUUCUUCAGUUGAUCCUGGAUAGCAGUGUAGACGAUCUGCAGGAGACGCUGACGGAUAAAGAUGUGGACGUGAAUGCCUUGAAGAUGGAUAAACUGGACAGAAACAAAAAGCUGACUGACACAGAGGUGGUCGCGCAGGCGUUUGUGUUCCUUUUGGCUGGAUUCGACACUACGGCUGCAGCUCUCUCAUUCUUCGCAUACAACUUGGCCGUGAACCCGGAAUGCCAGGAAAAACUGAUCCAGGAAAUUGACGACUCCCUACAGGGUGCAGCGCCAACGUACGACAACGUGAUGACGUUACCUUACCUGGAAAUGUGCCUGUCAGAGACACAACGGCUGUACCCGGCAGUCAGAGGGACCUCUCGUGAGGCCAGUGAGCCAAUGACAAUCAACGGCGUCUAUAUCCCGACCGACUCCACUGUCAUUCUGAUGAACUACAUUCUCCAGCAUGACGAGGCUUACUGGCCUGACCCCAAGAAGUUUGACCCCGAAAGGUGGUCCCCAGAACAGAAGGCUGCGCGAAAUCCGUACGUCUACUUCCCGUUUGGCAUCGGUCCCCGGAACUGUGUCGGCACGAGACUUGCGCAGAUGGAAGCCAAGAUGGCUGUCGUUUCCGUGUUACAGAAAUUCCGAUUCGUCCGAGGACCUGAAACUGAGGUCCCAUUGAAGCUAAAAAAGGGCAAUUUCAUACAGGCAGAGAAUGGCGUGUGGUUGAGGGUACAGUCACGCGACUAGGAGCAGAACGGGGUAUGGCUGAGGUACAGACUCGUGACCACAUGUAUAUGAAGCUAGAGAACAGCGUGUGGUCACGUGAUCAAGGGGACAGUUGUACAACAGAUGUCACAAAGCCAUUCCUUGAAUAUACGGACAAAAAUGACGUUAAGAGUGGCGGAAACCCUGCACAAGAUAAUCUACGUUAUGUCACAAAGCCAUUCCUUCAAUAUACGGACAAAAAUGACGUUGAGAAUGGCGGAAACCCUGCACAAGAUAAUCUACGUUAUAAUUUUACUGGACGCGGGGUGCGUUUACGUUUUGUAUAGCUUCAUUUUAGAUGAUUUAGAUGAAUCAAAUAAACUAAAAAAAAUACUACUGAAUACAUAUCUGGGAAUAAUGAGAGAGCUUAAUCCAGGGUGAUGACCCCAAUCCAAGGUGAGGAACCCAAUCCAGGGUGGUGAACCCAAU